ACUUUUAUUUAUUUUCUCAUUUUCUGAUAAGUUUGUAAAGAUGAAGAAGAAACAAGUGUGGAAAAUGAUAAAUGAUUUAAAUCUACAAAAUAGCUACCCUACCCCCCUUGAGUAGGAAGUGAUGACGAUAUGUACGAUGCAAAGCUACAGGGUUUCAAACAUGAUUUAUAAGAUCAAUAUUUUCCUUUUUUAUUAAAUAAUAAGCUUAUAACAAAGAGGAAUAAGAGAAAAUUUUGCAAACAUGUCCAAUAGUUGGAAGAUAUUUAUAUUAUUUGUUGGUUUUGAAACACUUUUACGAACAGCUGAUUUCAAAUCUCCAAGAACAAAGAUCGCAGACGGUGUAAUCUUGCCUACUAUUAGUCCUUCAGAGCAGAAUAAUACACUAGAAAGAACAUUUCUUGCUUUAGAAGGGCUUCUGGACUUUUAUCAGCGAGAGCACAAGAAUCUWAUCAUUGAUGGAGUUUAUGGGUUGAGAGUUUUGGAAGGUAUAGCGAAGAAAAUUCUUGUAGAUGACCCAAGAGGAAAAAUAAUGCUCCCAAGUAGAUUAAGAAUGAGAGUUAAAAAAUUGUAUUCACGAUGUAAAAAAAUUGCAAAAAAGUCAAUAUAUUACAUCAAGAAAGAGAACCCACACUACUUUGAGGUUAUGGGGUUUAUAGCUGUUGAGCCUUGGAAGAAUAUCCAUCCAUUCAGACACCUUAAACUUAAUGAAAAAGUAGCACAGUUUGAUGUCAAUAUGGGUGACAAUGAGACAAAAAUGAAAGAAUCCGAUGAAGAUCAGUGUAUUCGAAGUCUUGCUGGAGACAAGAAAAAGGGAAUAAAACCAUGUACAGUUAGCGAUCGUUGCUGGAAAGUGAACACAGUACGAGGAAAGUCAGAGUACCAUCUUACUCAUCAACUGCUCUUCUUUAUGAUGGGAGAAGUGAAAGGUUGUUCAGAAGUCUUUGAAGCCAAGUUAAAAGCAGUUUCCUUCAAAGGAGGUGUUGACAAGUUUUUGUCUCAGAGCUGCCAACUCAUGUAUCCUGAAAUGCUUCAGCAAGAAAGAAAAGCUCUAGAGAAAAAAUAUCUUGAAGAUAUAGAUCUGUACAUGGAACAGUGUGUGGUGUGUGGYAUGCUUGGCUAUGCUGAAUUUUUUAGCUUGUACAGGCUUAACCUGACAUUGGGAUGGAUUCAUCCAAGUAGGGGAUGUUUUGGUUUUUCUGGGGAUAUAAAAAGUGCACCCAAUGAUGAGGAUGAAGAAGAGGAAAAGAGURAGGAAAAUAAGAAAACAAUGAGACAGUUGAAGGUGGCCAAAGAUCUUGAAGGUGGUUGCGAGGUGCACUCCACUGGAGUAGGAACAGGCCUUCUUGCUCAUUACCUUCGCUGGCUUCUACAUAUCUCAAAGUUCACUACAUUGRAAAUGAAUCCAGAUGGUUAUGAUAAAGCAGGUUUUUUCAUUAAACACAAGUAUCUAGGUGUAAUACCAAAUGYGAAGACAACUUUAAUGUUCUUAGUCGUUCUGAUUUUGGUUCUUAUUGUUUUUGCUAAGAGGUUAAGGUUCAGAAUGCCAAACUCUCUCUGGACAUAACAAAAUCAUAUACAGAAAAUAUCCAUACCUCCCCCAUGAAGGGACAUUGGAAUUUCCUAGGAGUGGGGAGGAUGUAUAUUAUGCUGUCCAAAAUACCAAUACUUCCCCC